AUGUCGAAUACACCUGUACAGGGAACAUCGUCUAAACCGGUUCCCAACAUAGACGAUUCACGAAGCUCUAGUAGAACAAAUAUACUGUCGGCAACCGGAGUAAGACGGAAUCGUUCUACCAGCAGAAUGAGAAAGAACUCAAGACCCAAUUUGAAAAGACUCGGGUCGAUGAACCCCCAAGGUUUGGUUUAUUCUGUCGAUGACGAUAUCAACGAAAACGACAAGGACGAUGAGGAUGACGAAUUGGUGCACGACAAAACACCCAAAAGCGAUAGAGAUUACUUGGAAGGAUACAACGACGCCCUAAAAGCUUUAUCGAACCGCAAAGGUAGAACAUCUUCAGGACAUAUUUCCAUUGCAGGCACACCCCUUAGGUCCCCCGAGGAAAUUGUCACCAUCGAGUCGAAGCUAGCCAAAGAUUUGAUUGAUGCAGAAGAACAAAUGAGGUUAUUGGAAGAUCUCGACAGCGCCCGUGGCCCUAAGCUGGGAUCAACACCAAAUGUGAGUGGCGUCUACGACGAGGAGUUUAUUGAACCAGAAGAUCAAAAUGCCGACGAAACCCCUAAUGAAGAUCUGGGAUCUAUCAAGUCAACAUCUACAGUUGAGUCAUUGAAUUUAAAAGAAAGACAGAAUGCCAUCAACUCGACCCACCCAUUUGGUAUCAAGAUUUGGAAACCAUCUUUAUACAAAAAGAAACGGUCCGUGGCAACUCGUGCAGAAGAAGAUAUUCAUGAUUUCGAUCCACGCAAACCAACAGCACGAAUCUACUGGGGAGUGAAAUUGACAAACUUUGUAUGGUGCUUGACCGCAGGACUAUUCAUCUACAUUAUCUGCUUGCUUGGAGCAGCAUUUGUAUUCAUCUUUUCAGGAUUUGCAAUAGAAAGAAAACUGAGACCAUACGUCAAAGCCUUGUUGAAGCUAGGACACUAUUGGUUAUACCCGUUUGGUAAGUUUGUGUUGUUGAAUAGAGAAAAAAAUUACUUGGACGAAGACCAGUUGGAGGGAAGAACAAUCAACGAGUUUCACCAAUGGAGAUUACAAGAAGAAGGUAGAUUGUUUUUUGCUCCACCAAGAAGGUACACUGGGAACUCCGAAGCAACACGUCCGUUGUUGAAAGAUCACCGAGGCCGACCUCUCAGAGAUGCAUACUCGCUGUUGGAUGAUGGCAUUCAGGAAUUGGACGAGCAACAAGACAUCGACCAAGACGCCAACGAUAUAAAAGUAAGGUUCUUUGGACGAGGCGACUGGAGUUUUGGAAGAAUCGCAUUUUACAUAUACUUUUACGGCAUCAUCCAACCAAUAUCGUUUUUCAUUGGUAUCUUGUGCUGGCUUAUCGUGUUUACCAUACCCAUGGCCAAAAUUACCAACACCAUGAAUGACCACUUGAGACGACACCCAUUGGCAUUGGACUAUGAACUCGAAAAGGAUUAUUACAAAAGAGUAGAACGCAACUCGACCCCAAGAAAGAAAAACCAGGUCAUCUUGUUGUGUACAUACAGAUGCUGUGGCUUCCAUUACUACAAGUACACCAUCGACGGCACCAACAUCUUUUUCAUCAACCUUUUAUCGGUGGUUAUCUUUGCCAUUUUUGACUUUUACUUCUUAAAGGAAACCCUCAACUGGAAGUCGUGGGUAACCGAGUCCAAUUUCAUUUUUUGCUUGUCGUUGUUCUCCAUCAUACCUUUGGCGUAUUUUAUUGGACAAGCCGUUGCCUCGAUCUCGGCCCAAUCAUCCAUGGGCGUUGGUGCUGUCAUCAAUGCCUUUUUCUCAACCAUUGUCGAGAUCUUUUUGUAUUGUGUUGCUCUCAACCAAGAAAAGGGGAAACUAGUCGAAGGGUCCAUGAUCGGGUCAAUUCUAGGGGCAGUGUUGUUGUUGCCAGGGUUAUCCAUGUGCGGGGGUGCACUCAAACGGAAAACACAAAGAUACAAUCCAAGAUCUGCUGGUGUGUCCUCAACCAUGUUGCUGUAUGCCAUGGUGGUGAUGUUUGCCCCAUCGAUUUUCUAUCAAAUGUAUGGAACCUACGAAAUAAAGUGCAACGGGUGCGAAUCGUCUGCCGCGGAAGAAGACUGCAACCGAUGCCGAUUCAUUCAACCGGCGUUCGUCUUGGAUUCGCUAUACUUUAACAUCAUUAAACCGUUUUCAUUGAUUGUAACGGUUGCCUUAUUUGCAGCAUACGUUUGUGGGUUAUUUUUCACUUUGAGAACUCACGCGUCUUUGAUUUGGGCAACAACUUCCCAUGAAACCAAACGUGACGACUAUUUCAGGUCAAAUAGUGUCGUCAGUAUGACCACACCCGUUCAAACACCCAAACCACCAGGUAUCUCAACUCCAAAACUUACCCCAUUAUCAGCACCAACAAAACCAGCAAACACUACCCAAGAGUCAAACAAGGAAGAAGAGGAUCAGGUUGGUGGCCAUGACGCGCCCAAUUGGUCACGAUCCAAAUCGACAAUUAUCUUAUUAGGUGCCACCAUUUUGUAUGCCAUUAUAGCCGAAAUAUUGGUCGAUAACGUCGACUCGAUUUUGGCAGACUUUCCCAUUAACCCCAAAUUCUUGGGUUUGACGGUUUUUGCAUUGGUCCCAAACACAACUGAAUUUCUUAAUGCCAUAUCUUUUGCCGUAGGCGGAAACGUCGCCUUGUCGUUGGAGAUUGGAAGUGCAUACGCGUUGCAAGUGGUCUUGAUCCAAAUUCCUUGCUUAGUUCUUUAUUCAAUAUACCAGAAUUUUGAAAACGUCGAGCAAACAUUCACGUUGAUUUUCCCACGCUGGGACAUCAUUGCCACGCUCAUUUCAAUAUAUUUGUUUACAUACAUAUAUGCCGAGGGUAAAUCAAACUACUUUAAAGGGGUCAUAUUGAUGUUGAUUUACGUCGUGGUUCUUUCUGGAUUCUGGUUCAAUGAUAUCGUAGACACCAUCUAG